GUGGAGUUCCGGUCGUCUGCUCUGCGCCUUGAGUGAGCUCGUGUGCACCCCUGCUCCAGUUGUGGGGUUAUAACUGAGGUCAGCAUUACCUGUGUCAGAAGUGGGAUCUGAAGGAGCUGACCACCAAGGAAUGAAGAUCUCUGAAACUGAGUGAGCUAGUCACACUUGAGCCCUUUGUGUUCUUUACUUCCACAAGUCACUGUAACUAUUCGUUUGAUUUUUACUGCCCUUGGAUACGACUCCUGAUAUGGAGAAGAUUGAGGAACAGUUUGCUAAUCUGAACAUUGUUAAACGUUCCUCAGGAACUAAAGAGCCUACUUACCUGCUUGGCAUAGACACAUCAAAGACUGUGCAAGUGGAAAAAGGAAGUUUGGUUGCUGUUUUAUGUUCUAAUGGAUUAAUCAGAAUAUAUGAUAAAGAAAGGUUAAAUAUACUACGAGAAUUUAGUGGAAAUCCUGGACUUCUUAAUGGAGUCAGAUUUGCAAAUUCCUGUGACAUUGUAUAUUCAUCAUGUACAGAUAGCACUGUAAAAUGUUGGGAUGCUCGAUUAGCUGGUAAAAAACCUGUCCAGCUGUUCAAGGGUUACCCUUCCAAUAUUUUUAUCAGUUUUGAUAUCAACUGUAAUGAUCAUGUAAUUUGUGCUGGUACAGAAAAAGUUGAUGAUGAUGCAUUAUUGGUAUUUUGGGAUGCAAGAAUGAAUUCUCAAGAUUUGUCUGCUACUAAAGACCCACUUGGUGCAUACUCAGAAACACACAGUGAUGAUAUCACUCAAGUAUGUUUCCAUCCCAGCAAUCCCAACAUGGUAGUCUCAGGUUCAACUGAUGGCCUUGUAAAUAUAUUUGAUAUUAGUGCCGACAAUGAAGAGGAUGCACUGGUUACAACUUGUAACUCAGUUUCAUCAGUAAGCCAUAUUGGUUGGUCGGGGAAAGAUUAUAAACAGAUAUAUUGCAUGACACAUGAUGAAGGAUUUUGUUUGUGGGAUCUUAAUCAUCUGGAUACUGAUGAACCAAUUACAUGUUUGAACAUCCAGGAUGUUAGGGAAGUAAUUAAUCUGAAAGGAGGUAUUUUGGACUAUUUGAUCGGUGGCCUAUAUCAUGAAAAGAUGGACAAAUUAUUUAUUGUUGGAGGAACAAACACAGGAAUUAUUCACUUAAUGAGUUGUACUACAUCAGGAUUGAUCCAUGUGACUAGCCUUAAGGGAGGGCAUGCUGCUACAGUCCGUUCCUUCCAUUGGAAUAUGCAGGAUGAUUCUUUGCUAACAGGAGGAGAAGAUGCACAGUUGUUACUUUGGAAACCUGGAGCAAGAGAGAAGACAUUUACAAAGAAAGACAGCAUGAAAAUAUCAUCUUCUGUGUACCAGCGAGUUCGAACUCAUAGUAAUGAUUCUUAUAAGAGAAGGAAAAAGCAGUGAUAUUAUGUUGAAAGUUCACUUGAUUUUAUAGUUGCAAAUAAUUAUUUUUGUGUACUGCCUAUGAAAGACAUGUUUAAAGCUCAUAUGUAAAAACAAGGCAGUUAGCAAACAGUCCUGGAAAAAUGUUGAAAAUGGUUUAAUUCAGUCUUUAUGUAUUUUUUUAAAAGGCACCAUUUGAGUAUAUAAUCAGUGAAUUGAAAGUAAAAUUACUUUUUUCAUUUUUAAAACCCAUCUGUUGAGUUAGUAAAGUAAAUGUUGGGUUUAAAAAAAAUAGCUUUGAUAAGGACUUUUUAGAAGUAGAUGGCUGGUAUGAAUUUAAAAAAACAGGUGGUUUGGGCUAUCUUUUUUUUAAGCUCAAUUUUUUACAUUUUAAAUCAUCUUUAUUAUUUAAAAAACCAAAUGAGACUUUUCUUCACUUGAGGAGCUCCUACUUUUUUAAUGUACAUAGAUAACAUUGGAGUAUUUAAAUAUAUUAAUGAGUCUAAAUAGAAUUAAACACUUUUUGAAAUAAAAGUAUUUGCAUCUAUUUAAUAAAAAAAUUUAAUAAUAUUCACAUCUAUAAUGUUGUAGGCUAAACAGUAAAUAGGUAUUUUACUGAUGAAAAAGUUAUCUUGCAAAAUUCAUUUUGAAACUCAAA